ACGUUUACUCGAAGCGCCAUGUUACGAUCGUUGAUUGUAAUUUUUAUUUUGACAUUCACGUGCUCCGGGGAAGCACUCGCCUCGAAGAAAUCGCGGGACGAGGACGACUGCGGGGAGGAUAAUAUUUCCGGCGAACGGACCUUACUGAUCAGCAACUUCGUGCUGUUGCCGAUCAUGGCGGGUGUAGGGAUUAAAUUUCUGAUAUUACUGCCGAUAAUAUUAUCGAAAAUCGCUUUGUUGGGGAUCCUGAGUUUCGUGUCUUCGAAUUUGAGUCUUCUGGCCUCGGCUGUCAUGGGGGCGAGGAGUUACUUCUUCGAAGGCGAUAAACAGAGCGGUUAUACGGAUUACGAUCACUACGACGGCCGGCAUAAGAACAACUACGGCCACGAUGAUCAACGAUUUCGCGAUCACGGUUACGAAGGUUUUGCGGCAGAGAAAUACGCGCAUCGUUACAACGGCCACGAAUCACCUCAUCAUUAUUACAAACAUCCGGAAUACGAAGAUCACGAACCUGCCAGAGGUCAGUACAGACCUUUCGGACUUCUCGGUCGUAUCAGAGACGCGAUCAAGGAUCAUUUUCACAAACCGGAUCGUUACGGGGAUAUGAAGUAUCGUUAUCACGAUCACGAAUACAAGCACGAUCCGUACCACGAUCACCACGACGGUCAUCGACAUACGGAGGGCUACAAAAUUCACGAAUUACAAAAAUCUUAUCCUUCUCACGACAAUCACCAGCCGUCGUUCUCGGAACCGAAGGUCAAGUACAAUUACGAAUUAGUUUACAAAGUUCCCGAGGAUUGGGAGAAAAAAAAUUCGGACCUCGCGACGAGGGGUGGGAAAAGUCAAGGGCACGUUGGGUCCGCCGAGUCGAGGCUUCCGGUCGAAGAAGAAUCGGGAAAAUCGAGUUCGUUUGAAUUGAACUCGACCGAUUCCACCGGCGAAUCGGUUAAAGAGCCUUUUAUCGUGUUCGGUGUUCACCCAAAGUCCGAUGAGGAUUCCGCGGAAACAUCGUCGGGCGCUUUCUACGCGACCGCGCGUCAGGACUACAAGAUCGACGAUUUCCAGCGCACGUUACCGCAAGCGGAUACAACAAACGAGCGAAAAUGUUGAACGAACUGUCCACGAAUCUCAUGCAGCCUGACGUGCCAUCGUAUUUCGAUUUACCGAAUCUUGAUUUUCCAUAUCGUUUCGAUGUAUAUCCUGCGUUGCUGAAAUAAAGUAUCAACGAAUUCCACCUCACGGCUGGUUCAGCAUUCUAAUAAUGUCGAUAAAAUGUAUUUCACACGUUUACUCUUCAAAAUGACGAACCACGAUAAUUCCAAAAGUUGAUGUAUAUAUACAUAUAUGCCAAUAGUUAGCAGGAUCGAGUAGACAGAUUUAUUUCAGCGUCCGUUCGAUGAAAUCGCGUUGACACUUUCCAGUCGUUAUUCAAAUUUCUUUUCAGAUUUUCUAAUCAAGGAAUAUCGAAUUAUAUAUCAAUUAAACAAAAUCAUAAUAACAACGACGACGAUAAUAACAAUAAUUUCUCCCGGUUCCUGAUCGAUUAUCAUUACAAUUACACCUAAAUUAUACAUUCAUACGAAUAAAUCAUAAUCUAUACACGGAGCGUGUACGUUAUGUGAUAGGCCUUUCAUUGCGCGACGUCUCACCGAAAAUGUGCACAUCCAGUCGAGGUACGUUCCAUUUUAUAUGUACCUACCAGUUUCGAUGUAAACGUAGCCGGUUGUUCGCGUCGAAUGGUCGGAAGAUUAAGAGCAGCUUUUAACUGGUACCCGCUCUAGUUAACGGUAACGAUUCCCACCACCUUGACGUAAUGAAUCGAACGUUUCUGCUACAAUGUACAUAAAAGAUAUGUACAAGGUAUACCGUGGAUCCGGAUGGUCGACGAUUCCGCCUGGACGAUAAUGGGAAAAAAGAAUCGACGGGAUGAAAAUUAAAAGAAACAAGAAAAAAAAAGGAAAGAAAAAAAAGUGAGCCGUUGUCGAAAGUGUACCUAAUCUCUUUGUUCGGUCGAUUUCCGAAACUAUCGGUAGAAAAAAAAAAAGAAAAGAUUUGUUCCAGUGACACGAAUAUAUAGUACGCGUAAAGCGUAUAUUCGCGCAACGAUAUUUAAUCGAGGUGAAAAACGAUCCGGUGAACGGUGAUUUGCUAUUCAAUCAUCCCGAAAAAAGCGUUCACAGCUUUCGCUCGAGGGAUCUUUAUGUCCGUGGCUGUACCGAUACCACGAUACAACGCAGGUGUAUGGAAUAAGGUUCUCCAAUGGAUAGAUGGAUAGUUCGAGAAAGGUCCGCGAAAGAUUUUCGGGUUUAUAGACAAAAGGAAAGACCGCGUCAACGCCGUUGCACCGGACGUCGCUAGUUGGCGUUAGAUAUUAUCUUUGACUUUUUUUUUCCAUGUAUUUCGUUUUACGUUCAUUCGAUUCGUUUCUUUUUCAUUUCAUUUCCUUUUUUUUCUUUUUCGUACGAGUCCGGCGGUCGAUGAUUUCGAGGGGAAAGGGUGGCGGUGGCACGGUGGCGACUGGUCGAUCAUCGGCCGACUCUGUUGCUGUUAAUGCGAGACUCCCAAAAGUGGAGCAAAAGAGAAAGGUAUACCUUUACGGAGAUGAUCUACAUUCGGACUCUUCCAUCUUCAUCCACACUCUCGUGUCCGUUAUGACUUCCUCUCACUCGUGCAAUUUUCUGAAUUCAAACUUCGAUAAUUACGUGUUUCAGUUUUUCUUCUUUUUUUUUUUUUACUCUUUUUGUUUCUCUCUUUUUAAUUUGUUUUUUUCGUUUUUCUCUCGUUUCUUUUCGAUAUACUUUUAUUUCGUCCGUUCGCGUACGCGAUCGGCUCGAAACUAAUUAGCGUAAUUGAACGAAAUCAGCAAUUAGAAAAAACGAGAGAGAGAGAGAGAGAGAAGAAACACGCGUUUCAUCGACGGAUGAAAAAUGGUCCAUAAAUCUAACGAGUAGUUUACAUAAUUUCAACUCAGGCGAAUAUAUUACACCUGGUAUACGCGGGUAUAUAGGUAUACACAUGCGAGACGGUUACGGCAGACCGUGGAUUAAGAAUUGUUGAACUCGCGUGCGAGUUUUUCAUCGAAAUUAUGAGGAUAUGAAGAGAAUGUCCCGCGCGGCUCUGGCAUUGAACUUGAGGCGGCGCGGUGUACUUUACAUUCACUGCGGUCGGUGUGCUCCACUAAAAUGAGAUUGUCUCCUAAAGUCCCAAUGAAUUGUGAAAGUAUAACGUAAUUGUCCGUUCGGUUGGACGGCAUAGGAGAUG